AUCACACUUGCUGCUGUGUAAGUGUUAAAAUGAAUCAGCUGGGUAUAUAAAGUGUGUGAGCAAAGAAUUGCAGAAGCCAAACUAGCCUUUUCCUCAGAGCUCCUCCUUACUUGUUACAGUCUGAGCAUAAAAACACAGCUGUUCUAUUGUGAUCUGGUCUUUGUACUUGUUACCAGGGUGGAGCUACAGGCUUUGCAUUUUUGCCUUUCCUCUCCUUCGGUCUGAGCUUGUUUUUCAAAAACAUGGGUGAUCAAAAUAAAUUAUUAUCCCGUCCCAUAUUCCGCCGAGAUGUCAGCUGGGAUCCUUUCCCAAACUGGACACAGCCGAGCCGCAUCUUUGCACAAGAUUUUGGCCUCCCUCCUUUCCUGGAGCCGAGUGAUCUGGACUGGCUUGACUGGGCGAAGAGGAGACUUGCUUCUUUCUCCUGGCCGGGGUUCACACAGACUCCCCUUUUGCCUCCAUUCACUGGUCAGCAUUCUGCAGCACUGGACCAAAAGAGUCUGAGGCAACUAACAGGUGGAGUUUCAGAGAUACGAACGGGUCAAAACAGCUGGAAGAUUAACCUGGACGUCAAUCACUUCUCACCUGAGGAGAUAACUAUCACAACCAAGCAAGGUUACUUGCAAAUAUCAGGUAAUCAUGAAGAAAAGCAAGACGAGCAUGGGCUGGUUUCAAGGUGCUUCACUCGGAAAUACAAGUUACCGCAGGGGGUUGAUUUGCAGCACAUCAGUUCAUCAUUGUCAGGUGAUGGAGUCCUGUCUGUAGAAGCCCCUGUCCCUGGGACGUCCAUAAGCAACCCAGGCAAUGAGAUUGUUGUACCAGUUCAGAUCAGACAGACACAGGACAGCGAGAAGUGAACUAAGUGAACUAAAACUAAAGUAGCCAAAGCUGUAUGUAGAAAAGUAUUUAGAACUGUCAUAAAGAAAAGAAAAAUAAUAUUAAUGAGCUUGUUUUCCUGCAAUGAAAAACAUUUUAAUAAUGUAAUUCAUCAAUAUCAGUAAAGUGCCAUGAUCAGAACUCUUUCUUAUUUUGAUGCAGAGAAACAAAACGUAGUACAGAUUAUUUUUGUGAAUUUGUACUGUAUGCUGAUAUCUUCAGUAAUACAUAAUCACUACUAUGAAGCUGUCCUGAUAUAAUGUAAUUAUCACUGGAUGUAUUAAACAGCCUCUACCAUAUGAAUAAUAAUAAUAAAAAUGUUCUCCUUCAGUGUCAUCAAAUAAUCACAAAUGUCUUUCUUUUGAGAUUAUGAAACUAAGACUGAUCAUUCAGUGCUCUUUUUCUGUAGGCAUGCUAAAAUCAUCCACGAGAGGGCACAGAAACCAUAUUCAGUGGAACAUUUUAACAUUAACUUUUAUCCUUAGAGACAUU